AUGAAGUUCGUCACCACCCUCCUCGUCCUCCUCGGUGCCGUUGCCCUCGGUGAGGCAGCUGGCUGCAGCGGAGCCCGCCAAUGCCAGUGUCUUUUCAACGACGGUUCUCACUGCUGUCUUUACGGCUACAACGCCCAGACCGGCGAUACAUCCGACUGCACCGCCGUCUGCUCCGGCGCAUCUCGCCUCCUGCAGAGCGGCGAGGACACUCCUACCAAGUGCAAUGCUGGCGGCAAGUUUGCCUGCGCUGGUCUUAUCACUGCUCAGGGACGCACUCCUUGCUACAACAACAAUGACACUCCCGUUUAA